AUGAAGGCUUCCACUAUCCUUGGGUUCUUCUUGGCCGGCCUGGUGGCUGCGGUCGACCCAAUUGAGAACUGCAUAGCGAACGGCACUAUUCAGGCGAAUGGCUAUACUCUCCGCAACGCUCAAUUCAACCCCCAGGCCAUUGGGAAUCAAUGCAUCAGCGAUCUCUCCCCGGUAGAGGCGCCAUCUCUCGCAUGGCCGACGCAUUGGAAUUGGGCGGCGAGCCACUCGGAAUCCGCGACAUCCUUCGCGAAUGCCCAGCUUAAUUUCGCUGCGACUCCGCUCUCGUCAAUCGCCAGCAUACGUAGCAACUGGUACUUCACGUCUCAAAUCGAUCCGGAUAGUGUGGCCUCCAUCGCCUACUAUCUCUUCGCCGGUGCCACCUGCAACGGUCCUCCGGCUUUCGAGAUUCAGAUCCGACUGGCGUCAUACGGCGAGCCACCUAUCGUUUCCUCCCUGGGCGACGAGGGGAGCCCGAAACCGGCCUACGUCAUCUGUUCGAGAGGUGUAUCGUACCGUUUAUACAAGGGGACAGAGCGAGGCCUGACUGUGUUUACAUUUGUUGCGUCUGGUAAUCUGGACGAGUAUUCUGGGGACCUAAGGGUUUUCCUCCGUAUCUUGGAGAGCAAAGGCGAGCUGCCGGAGACGCAGUGCCUAACUCGGAUCCAUGCGGGAGCCCAGGUUUUCGAUGGAGUUGGGGCAUUGAAGACACUAAUAUAUUCCACUUCGAUCGGUGUAUCUAGCUACGGUGUAAUAAACUAG